UCUGUGCGACUGUUUCUUACAUACCUGUCCAUGUGAACAGCAGUCUUCGCCAAAGUUGUCUUUUUCCUCAGGUUGAAUGUGGGAUGGUGGCUACUGAAUUGUGAGAAACCCCUUUUCUUCCCUUCUACCUCUGUCUUGUCCCUUACACACAAUGGCCAGUCGCCUCUUGAGCCGAUAUGCCCGUCUGGUCUGCAGGGCUUCGUCUCAUGGUCCAGCCACUGCUGCUGUGGCAGCCCACCUGCCUUUAGCUGUGGCUCCUCCGUCGGUGCAUAGAGCUCAAGGCUGGCCAAGGAUCCCUGCGAGGUUAAUGUGUGAGGGAAAGACAUUCACCAAGGAUGACGUCUUUACAAAUAUACCCACAUUCACCGAGCUAGAGGAGUUAGUGGAAAAGGCGGCAGUGCCCGAGGACAUCCUGCUAGCUUGGGUAGAGCAUAGAGGAAAUAGCAACCAAGCUGCUUAUGUCCUGAUGAAGUGGACUCUACUGGUAUUAAAGACGAAAGGCAAACUUAAGGAUCUCCGUGUGGAUCCAAGGAUACAUGAUUUGUUGGAUACCGUAUCUCAGCAGGUGUCUUCAGUGUGGAACAGCAAUCUUGUGUCCUGCUUGCAAGCUCUCUGGAUGAUGGGUAUACCUGCCACUGACUCAACGCUGACUUCUGUCCAGACAGAGGUGCUAUGGCGAGUGCGCAGGCUCACCUACAAGCAGCUGAGUUAUCUGGCAGACUGGGGAGCAUACAGGAAGGGAAAGCAAGAUGAAGCAAUAGUGAAUGCUGCGAUAAAACAACUAGAACUGCGCUGGACUGAAAUUGCUGACGCUAAAACUGUCUGUGCACUGAUAGCCAGAGGACCCCGCAUGCCAUCUUCAUUGAUGGACAGAUUAGAAGACAAGGCUUUGGAGCUUGCUGAAGGCUUUUCAGCUCAAGAUAUCCGUAAAGUCUGUGUUUCUUUGGCAACUCAAAGCCGCAGAAGUGUCCCACUACUCAGAGCUUUAUCCUACCACCUUCUCCAGAAGCCACCGUACGAGUUCACCACUCCGCUUAUAAUGGACAUGGCUUUUGCUUAUGGAAAGUUGAACUUUAAUCAUACUCAGGUAUUUCAGCGAAUGGCCUCUGAGUUGUUGCCCAGAGUGCCAGAGCUCAUUACUGCUGAUGUUAUGCGCUUUUCCAAAUCACUGGCUUUCCUCAAAUGGCUCAACAUUCCUCUGUUUGAGGCUUUUGCUGAGCACUACACAGCCAACAGUCGAGAGUACACCAUUCUUCAGCUUUGUAAUUUGCUCAUGGCUUUUGCCAGACUGAACUUCCAACCCAGCAAAGAGGAAGUGUUCUUCAACAAGGUUCACUCAGCACUAGAGGAGUCUCUCUCCAGCCUAGAACCCUUCCUGCAGACAGAUGUUGUUUGGGCUCUGUGUGUGUUACAGCAGAGCAAGCCCCACUACCUCAUCCCACUCACACAAGAAAGUCAUGUUAAAAAACUGUCAGAGGGCAGUGCAAUUCGAGUAGAGAACUAUCUGCUGAAGCUCUUCCACAUAGCUGCCACUCUCCACUUAGAGCAUCCAGGUUGCUCAGAUUCAGACACUGGAUCCUCCCUGCCUGACCCACCAGUCCAGGCCAACAUCUCCCCCAUGCAGAGGAUUCUAAGAGACACACUACAGAGUUUGGUUGGUGAGAGGACAAAUGCCAUCCGCACUGGGGUUAACACUGUGUAUGGAUGGACUGUUGAUGGUGAGCUCACAGUGGAUUCUGACAACAAACCAGUUGAUCUGUCAAGUGCAAGAGGAGACGAGGCUUUACCUGUUGGAGUGAGGCGUGUUGCUUUCUUGGCUUUGGAAUUUCCCAACUUUUGUGCAAAGAGUAAAGACCUUCUGGGGCGGUUUGUCAUGAGGAAGCGACAUCUUCAGUUGGCGGGAUACAUCAUUGUGGAGGUCCCAUAUUAUGAGUGGCUGGAGUUGAAGACAGACUGGCAAAAACUGUCAUACCUGAAGGAUAAAAUGGGGAAGGCGGUUGCCGAGGACAUGGCCAAGUGAACAAGGCAACUUGUUGUUCAAAUUGUGCAGGUUCAGCUGAAUCAAAUGGGACCACAUGGAACACACAUACAUACAAACACCCACACUCAGACCAGAGCAGCUCUGCAGAAAAGCUCUCUCGCACUGAAAAAAAAAAUAUUUUCACUUUGGUUCCCUUGGCAACAUAAGGGGCUUUCCCUGUUUCCAUAGUGAUGAUGAGCAAGAGUUUUGGAGCCAGAGACGGGAAUAAAUACAGCUUUGAAUUAUUGAGCAGAAAUUAUAUGAUCAAGGACAAACACCUGGUUCAUAUGAUGAAUUUGUAUGUGAAUAGAUUGGAGUAACGUAUCUAUGGAUGUAUAAUCUGAAAUAAAUUGUUUUAUUGCCA